GCACGGCACAGAAGAUGGCUGCGUCGCACCGGGGCGAAGGGCGAUAUUACAGGAUGGAAGAAGGAAGCAAACCCAGACCCGAGACACGAGUUUUGCAGAAGGUUUCUGUAGCGGGACGCGGAUUGUCCGCCGGCAGCUCGGGGGUGUCACCGCCCCGCUCCCGCACGGGACACGGAACAGCGCGCCCUUGGGAGACAGUGACAAUGCAGGGGGAGAAAAUGGAGCUGCACUAAUCGCUGGAAGGACUAAAUCGGUGGAAUUGAUCAUCAAGACUUCAUCACUGACAUCUUUAUGUUCAUUUGUCAUCCUCCAGGAAAUAAUACAGCUCAUCAGUUGCAAUAACUGCUUUGGGUAUACACUGACAUUUAUUUGGAAAAAAACAAAAAAACCCAACAGGCAAAACCCAACAGACUUUUGAAGACUUGUGUCAAAUGACGUCAAUGGCCAGUUUGUUCUCCUUUACUAGCCCAGCUGUAAAGCGUCUGUUGGGCUGGAAACAAGGAGAUGAAGAGGAAAAAUGGGCAGAAAAAGCUGUUGAUGCUUUGGUAAAAAAGCUGAAAAAGAAAAAGGGUGCUAUGGAAGAGCUGGAGAAAGCCUUGAGCAGUCCAGGGCAGCCCAGCAAGUGCGUUACUAUCCCCCGCUCGUUAGACGGACGGCUCCAGGUGUCUCACAGGAAGGGCCUUCCCCACGUCAUCUACUGUCGUGUGUGGCGCUGGCCCGAUCUACAGAGCCAUCACGAGCUGAAGCCAUUGGAUAUUUGUGAAUUUCCUUUUGGAUCCAAACAGAAGGAAGUCUGCAUCAAUCCAUACCACUACAAGAGGGUGGAGAGCCCAGUUCUACCUCCAGUGUUAGUGCCUAGACAUAGUGAAUUCAACCCCCAGCACAGUCUGCUAGUUCAGUUCAGGAACCUCAGCCACAACGAGCCCCACAUGCCGCACAACGCGACCUUUCCGGACUCCUUCCAGCAGCCCAACAGCACUCCCUUCUCCAUCUCACCAAACAGCCCCUACCCCCCUUCUCCAGCCAGCAGCACUUACCCGAGCUCCCCAGCCAGCUCUGGGCCAUCCAGUCCCUUUCAGCUGCCAGCUGAUACUCCACCUCCUGCUUAUAUGCCCCCUGAUGAGCAAAUGGGACAGGAUAAUUCACAGUCUAUGGACACAAGCAAUACAAUGAUCCCUCAAAUAAUGCCAAAUAUAUCUACCAGAGAUGUUCAGCCUGUUGCCUACGAAGAACCCAAACACUGGUGUUCCAUUGUGUAUUAUGAGUUAAAUAACCGUGUUGGGGAGGCUUUCCAUGCAUCUUCCACAAGUGUCUUAGUAGAUGGGUUUACAGAUCCCUCCAAUAACAAAAACAGAUUCUGCUUAGGUUUGCUCUCCAACGUUAACCGCAACUCGACGAUCGAGAACACUCGACGGCACAUUGGCAAAGGAGUUCAUCUCUACUAUGUUGGUGGAGAAGUCUAUGCUGAGUGUUUAAGUGAUAGCAGCAUUUUUGUACAGAGCAGGAACUGCAACUACCACCAUGGCUUUCAUCCAACAACUGUAUGCAAGAUUCCCAGUGGAUGCAGUCUGAAAAUUUUUAACAAUCAGGAGUUCGCUCAGCUUUUAGCUCAGUCUGUCAACCAUGGAUUUGAAGCAGUAUAUGAGCUCACCAAAAUGUGCACCAUUCGAAUGAGUUUUGUAAAGGGCUGGGGAGCUGAAUAUCACCGGCAGGAUGUCACAAGCACCCCGUGCUGGAUAGAAAUUCAUCUUCAUGGGCCCCUCCAGUGGCUGGAUAAAGUACUUACACAAAUGGGUUCUCCUCUUAACCCCAUCUCAUCUGUUUCAUAGUGCUGAAAUUCCAUCUUCAGCCUUAUUUUUAGUGAACUUAUUCUAAUUGUAGAGAAACUUCCAGUGGAUACUGUGAGCUACAUGGAGAAUGGAUCUUAUGAUUUAACUUUUUUUUUUAGAUCCCUUUGUGACCAAUUCCACUGUGUAUAGCUAAUCAGUUUUACAUUUCGAAUUGUUCUUGUGAUGCUUAAGUGACAGUUGAGCCCUAAGGGAAAAAAUAGUCUAUUGAAAAAUCAGAACACUCUUCCCCUUCUUCCUCUUAAAACUUAAACAGACAAAUGUCUUAACUGGAAAACCUUUUUGUCCUAUAGGGACAAGAAUUAAUGAAGACUGACUUCAGAAAAUAAAUACAUAUCAUAAUUUGGGAUUUUUUAAUGUUUGUGAAACUCUUUGAACAUGUGCAGCUCCAGCUUGCAAGCUGUAUUUUUAGCAUAGUGUUUUAACACCUUAAGGUUGACAUCUGUCAUAAGCAAAAUUAGACUUUAUUAGGGCUAAUUUGCCUCAGAUUGAACAAUGUGAUAUUUUUUUUUAAGUGUACACAUGAAAUAUACUUUUUACAAAUAUUGGAGUGGUGUAAAAACACUUGUAUUUUCUAUUGGAAAAUGCUGUCAUAAACACAUUGUAUGUUAAUGCAGAAUAGCAGUUCUUAGCCUUUUCCCACUUUGGUUUUGUAAUAUCUCUUUUAACCACCAUUUAAAGUAGUAAUUGAUCAAGGUAAACAUCCUGCACAUUUCUGGAGUAGUGAUUCUUGUUUUGCUUUGAUUUACACUCAUGCCGUUUGGAUUUGGUUGCCAAGGCUAUUUCUUUUUAGGUACCUUUCUCUAUUUUAACAUAAACACUACUAUUUGUAAAUGGCAGUGCUUACUACUUUUUGGAAGGAAUAAGUUUUUUGUUUUCUUUUUGGUGUUCUAGCUGUUUAUUUUAUCUGUCUGGAAUUGAUCUGUGUUAGGCCUUUUUAGUCUCUCAGUAGACAUUUUGCAGUAUUAGUGAUUACACUGUAUUUAAUUCACUUUCAAGUAUGAGUUUGAGUCUCUUUGAAGACUGUGAGUGGCUUAGCAAAUGAGUAACUGAAUGCAGAAGCUUUUACUUCCAGAUCAUGUAAUUUAAUUCAAACCUGUUGGUAAUGACCAAAAGUAAUCAUUUCUUUGUAGCCUGCAUGAAACAGUGCUCUUGAUCCUGUCCCUGGUGACAGGGGUUCAAUCAGAAGACUUGUAACUGUGGUUGGCAUCUUUAUGGGAUUGAAGGACUGUUUUAAUAUGACUAUGACUUUCUCUCACACAUCUAAAGAAUCACAGAAUGUUAAGGGUUGGAAGGGACCUUCAAGAUCUCCCAGUCCCAACCCGCUUUCCGUGCACAGGGACACCUCCCACCAGAACAGGUUGCUCCAGCCUUUUCCACCCUGGCUUUGAACACUCUCAGGGCUGGGGCAUCCACAGCCUCUCUGGGCAGCCUGUACCAGUGCCUUACCAGCCUCACAGUGAAGAAUUUCUUCUGUAUGUCUAAGCUAAGUUUGCCCUCGUUCAGUUUGGACCUGUUAUUCCUUGUCCUGCCACUCCAGCUUCCCUGGAGCCCUGUCAGAUACUGGAAGGUUCCCAUGAGGUCUCUGCUCAACCUUCCUUCUCCAGGCUGAACAGCCUCAGCUUUUUCAGCCCCUCUUUGCAGGGGUGGUGCUGCAGUCCUCUUAUCAGCAUUGUGACCUCUGGACUUGCUCCAGCAGUUCCAUGUCCUUCUUACACUGGGGGCCUCAGAAGUGUGCUCAGCACUGCAGGUGGGGUCUCACAGGAGCAGGGCAGAGGGGACACGUGCUGCCCACGUUCCUUGGGAUGCAGCCCAGGAUUCCAUCAGUUUUCUAUGCUGUGAGUGCUCAGUGCCAGUUCGUGGUGAGCUUUCCAUCAGCCAUUGCUCCCCAGUCUUUCUCUGCAGGGCUGCUCUCAGUCACCUCUCUGCCUGGCCUGUAGGUGUGUCUGGGAUUGCUGGGACCCAGCUGUAGGACCUUGCACUUGGCUUUGUUGAACAUGACGUUUGCAUUUGGCAAACUUAAGUAGAGAAUUUAAACACUAUACUAAACAUUAAAAUCAAUUACAUAGCAUAUGCAUAUUUACCUCCUUUAUAUAAUAAAAAAGAGGCUGAAAGAAACAUGUUAAGAGAAUUAGAAGUGAAUUAUAUACAAAAUUUUGCAUUAUAGAAAGACCCUAUUAUAAUUUUGUACCUCACCUUGCUUUUUCUGUUUCCUGAACACCUCUUCAAAAAAGGGUUCAGUGUUUGGGGGAGAGGCUGAAAACUAAUAUGCAAAUAUUUACUAAAAGAUGCAUUUACUGCAAUCCUGAGAAAAUUAUUUUUAAACAAGUUUUUGUGUUUUCUGUUGAAUGACAGUUUCUCCUGAAAUAUGGAAAUCAUGCAUCUUAUGGUACCUGAGUAACAAAUGAUCUUAAAGGAUUAAAGUUGUUUACGUGUCAUUAAAAUGUUUUUUAUUAAUUGCCUUAAGGGAAUAAACUGUAACACUUCUGCAGAACCCUAA